UUAAAUAAUAAAGUCACUAGAGUCUAAAUCUAGUUCCUUAACAUAUAAAUAAAAUAUUUAUACAUUCUUACACUAUGCAUCUAACGGCGUAGAUAGAUAUAGACCAUAAUCAUCAAACUAAACCGCUAUAUAUAAGGUGUAUACUUUUAAUUAAAAGUAACAUCAAAAACCGUUAAGGAAUACAAAAAAAAACGGUUGAUUUCGUUUCAAACAUUGUUUGAAAAUCGCGUCUUGACCUAGUGAAUCCUGUGCUUCUCUAGUUCUGGUGAAGAGUUCUGGAAAAAUGUCAUCAUUUCGGUUUACACACGCUGUGGUUUCGAGGAUUCCUUUAUCAUUACGUACACGGGGCGAAAUCGAAUUGGAAGAGGCCAAAAAACAACACGAAUCCUACGUAAGACUUCUGCGAGAACUCGGCCUGGACGUUAUUGAACUUCCACCGGAUGAAAGCCUUCCUGAGUGCGUCUUCGUCGAGGAUACAGCCGUUGUUUGUAAUGGAACAGCUUUAAUUACACGACCUGGGGCCACUCACCGACAAAAAGAGGUAGAAACGAUUAGGGUGGUUUUAAAGAAAGAAUUGGAUCUACCAAUUAUAGAAAUAUCGGAUCAAAACGCACGAUUAGAUGGAGGGGAUGUUUUAUUUACAGGACAAGAGUUUUUUAUCGGUAUAUCUCAAUGGACGAACGAAGCUGGAGCUAGCGCGGUAGCAGCAGCUUUUCCUGAAUACCCUUGCACACCGAUUAAGGUUCCAGAAGCAAAACAUUUAAAAUCAUUUGUAACAAUGGCCGGUCCAGAUCUUCUUUGUGUCGGUCAAGGAAAAGAAGCACAAGAAGUAUUAAAACGAAUGGAAAGAGAAGCGACGUUCAGUUAUCAAACUUUAACGGUUCCUGAUGAUGAAGCAGCGAAUGUUUUAUACGUAAAUGGAACGUUAGUUCAUCGAUCCAAUGAGGAAAUUCCGAAUUCGUUUAAAGUAUUUUCGGAAAAAAUUGAUUAUCCGCGUCGAUGUAUUCCAUUUUCGCAGUUGGCGAAAACUUCCAGCGGGUUAACGUCGAGUUGUAUACUAGUCAAAAGGUCCAGACAUAUUAGAAAUUUAUAAAAAAAUGUUUAGGUCAAAUAAAACAUAAUAAUAAAAAGUUUGAAUAUCACCAGGUGGUCUUCAAAUCAAAAUUUGGACCAAAUCAGGCUCAAACUAAUUAAAAGAGAAAUGUUAGAAAAAUUUAGCCCAAAAAUUAGUCUGCAAAAAUGAUCUGUUUCUAAUAAAUUUAAUCACUUUUAUUAAAAUCGGACUGAAUAUUAUAAAAAAAAUUUAAACAAGCGUAUACAAGUCCAAUUAUUAAUUGAAUACUGUUAGGGACAUUUCAGAGUUUUUAUAAUAUAUGUUAAAGUUUAAAAAAUUAGUUGCGUUUAAUAUUAAAAAAAAAAUUUGCGCAACUCAUUUUGACUAAUUGACAAAAAAGAAAACACUUAUAGGAAAAUGUAUUUUUGAUGUGUAGAUGGUGAGAAUACAAUUUAAACUAUUAAUCGUAAUUAAUACAAAGUGAUAUUUAAAACAAAUGGAAAGAUCUUUGUGAACUUUAAAGAUCUAAAUGUUAAAAAAAAAA